CAGGAGAACUCCAAAGAACUGAGACCAGCGAUCACCAUCAGGAGAACUCCACUGGCUUCAGGAUGAAGACAUUCAGGGUUGCAGUUGCAGUGGCAGUCGUGCUCACAGUUAUUUGUGUUCAGCAAACCUCUUCUGUCCAACUCACAGAGGAACAAGAGCUGGAGGAGCCAGUCAGCAGUGAGGUUCAAGCUGCAGCUGAGGAGACGGCAGUGGAUUCAUGGAAGACUGUGUACGACAAGAGCCUGAAUCGUCGCUUCAAGUGUCGUAUUUGCUGUAACUGCUGCCUGCCGGGCUAUUGUGGACUUUGCUGUAAAUUCUGAGGAUUCCUUUUCCACCAAACACUGGAUUGCUACGGUGAUUAUUUAAAAUAUGUUGUGAAUUUUAACAGUGUCAGCUGUAUUGCCUGGUUUUAAAAUGUAAGGUUUGCUCAUGCUGGAUUUUAUAUAGU